AUGGAUUUGUUCUUUGAACCCAGCAAAGGCAUGCCCUUCUGCAUUGAAGUUGGCUACUUUGAUACCAUGAAAGAAAUCAAAGAAAAGGUGGCCAAAUACCAUGGCAUUCCUGUUUAUGAACAAACCCUCAUCUUCAAAGAUAAAACCCUACCCGACGAUCUCAACAUUCACAACUCCGACAUCUUAGACCGUUCACGUAUUCAGCUGCACAUCAUCAACAACACCACCGAUCAUCCUCAUCCUCAUCCUCCUCCACAGAAAGUUACAGUCAAAACAGAAGAGGAAACUACGACUCCUUCUUCUUCUUCUUCUUCUCAGGUGCAGAAUUUGAAGAACAAGUCGAUGAUGAUCAAACUGAUGCUGAAAAGUAGUAGUUUGGGAGGAGUAGCGACGACGAUGAUGGAGCUGGACAUGAAUGAUUCAGUUUUGAAACUGAAAGAGAAGAUCUAUGAAAUGGAAUUAGUGAACAGUAGGAUGAUGAUUAUCCAUGCAAAUGGGAUUGAAUUACAUGAUGAUAAUAAGACGUUGCAUGAGUGUCAACUGGUGGAUGGUUCAGAGGUUGAGAUUAUAACACCACCACUUAAUAAGCAGCAGCCUACUACUACUACUGGUCUUAUUUCUAGCAGCAGUAGUAGUAGUAGUUUAAGCAGCAGCAACAGCAUGAUGAUGAUGAGCAUGGGAAAUAACACUAACAGUAACAGUAACAGUAAUAAUAAUAAUAAUAAGAAACUGAAGGUAAAUGUAAUGUCGAAAUGUGGGAAAAAGAUAACGUUGGAGGUGAAUCCAUUGAAUAGCGUGGGAGAACUAAGAAAGGAGUUGCAUAAGGUUAUAAGAAACAAUAAUCAUAAUAAUAAUAAUAAUAACAAUAAUCAAGGUGGGUUUCGUUUACCAGAGGAUGGUUAUUUCUUCAUUUACAAACAAAACGUCAUGGAAGAAGAUCAAUCGUUCAGAUGGCAUCGAGUUGCACAAGGUGAUACCAUUGAGAUCUUCAAUGGCUGUGUCACUGGUGGUGGAUCUUAA